AUGUCUAUCGUUAUCAUUGGUUCUAACGUCGCUGGUAUUACAGCUAUUGGGACUAUCUUUAAGGAAAUUCAAUCUUCUGGUCAAAAAUCGAAGUAUUCCAUAACCGUAGUCUCAAAAUCUAGUCAUAUCUAUGGAAACCCAACUGCCCCACGUCUAUUAGUUGAGCCUCAACAUGCAGAUAAGGUAUUUUUUUCCGUCGAGAACUACUUGAAAAACCAUUCAAAGGGAGUUAAAUAUGAAUUUAUUCAUAGCUCAGUUGACAAGACUGACUUCAACUCAAAGAUUUUGACGUUAUCAUCAGGAAAGGAAUUGAAGUAUGAUUACUUGAUAAUUGCCUCUGGUUCACAUGCGGAGAGCCCGGCUUUCAAGCUACAUGGUGAUUACCUCGAAUCUAAAAAAGCAAUUAAAGAAGUAAAUAAAUCCAUCCAAGAUUCUGGAAGUAUCGCCAUCUUAGGUGGUGGGGCUACAGGAGUUGAAACUGCAUCAGAAAUUGCCUAUAGUUUCCCUAAGAAGAAGGUUACUCUUUUCACUGGUGCUGAGGGUCCGCUAUCUGCCAUUGGUAAAUCAAUUCCAGCAUCAAAAAAAUUAGAAAAGCUAGGAAUUAAAAUUGUGAACAAAAAGAGGUUUAGUUCGAUCGACUCUACUGAUACUGGUGCGUCUGUAAUCACUUUUGCUGAUGGUUCAUCUGAAACAUUUGACUUUUAUCUUCCAACUUAUGGUGUAUAUCCUAAUUCUGAUUUCCUUGAUUCUAAAUACCUAGAUGAUAAUGGAUAUCUUAUUGUUGAUAAAAAUUUAGCAGUUAGGGGCCAUUCUGAUGUAAUUGCGUUAGGAGAUGUUGCUUCUAUUACUGAAAACUCUAUAGUUGAUAUUAAAUUUCAACAAACCAAGGUAUUCACACAAACAGUGAAAAAGACUAUCUUUAAAAAAGAUGUGAAGUUAGUUGAUUACUCAAGAGGUAAGACAACCACCUUAAUUCCGAUUUCUAAAAAUGGAGGUGUUGGUUUGAUGUUUGGCUGGAGUGUUCCAAACUUCCUUGUCAAGCAGAUCAAAAGUAAGGACUUUAUGAUUUCUCAAGUGGGAAAAGAUUAUAUUUGA